AUGACGGAUGUUGUUGAAACAAAGGUGCGUGCUCCCACCAUGACGCCAGAGGAGUUAUGCAUAAUAAGUGAAUUUUAUGCCGAGCAUUACGAUGUUUUUCAUUCGACCUUGUCUGGGUCCAGCCGUCAGCCCAAAGUUAAGGAAAAGAAAGAAAAGUUACAAGAACUAAGUAAAAUCUUAUCAAGUUCCGGUUACCCAACACGGACCACGAUGCAACUCGAUCAACGUAUUCGGGACACGAUGAAAAAAACUAAAUUUUUUGCUGCUAAAGAAAGAGAAGAGAAAACAAUGACGGGUGGCGGGAUCCCGCCAAGGUAUCCAAUCCCUGCACAUGUGCGCAUCUUGCUCGAUAAACUUGGAAACAAGCCUCGUGUCAAAGGUUUAUCAUUCGGUAAAGAAGUAUGUGGUGUUGAAAACGAGAGUAAUGUGAAUCAAUCCUUGCCAACGAAACGCCGUGCAGAGGAGGACACAGAUCCCUAUGUGACCGACAAUGAUGAAGACUUAGAAUUGAACGAUAGCUUUCAUUCUGAUAAGCUGACAUUGAAAAAGGUCAAGUCUGAGCCGCAUUACAUUAGUCGCAAUUUCGAAGAUCAGCAAUAUCGAGAAACAGACACAAAACUUCAGUCUAUCGUCAGACAAAAGGAAAACGUCCCUGAGCCGCAUUACAUUAGCCGCAAGGUCGAAGAUCAGCCAUAUCGGUACUAG